AGCCCGUCCUCUGCGAAAGCAAGAUCGCAAUGUAGCACUAGCACACCCUCGUCACCACCGCUCAUCAACACCUCCGGUAACACUGAAGCACGUUGUAUCGCAAUUCGACGACCAUAUACACCUUUUUGAACGACUGCAACUGCGAUUGCGUAGAAAGAUACGAAAGAGGAGACAUCCACUAUGACGGACUUCGUAAAGAACAUGAUAUGGAACAGUGUGUCGGGCUUCGUAGAGGAGGGAAAGAGGACGGUCGGCGGGUUCGCAGGCGACGCGUUGAUUAAAGCGGGCGAUAUGGUGGAGGGCGGCGGGAGGACGGUCGGGAAUGGGAUCGAGAAAAAAGCAACCGGCCUCGGCACCGCCAUCGGUGGCGCGCCCCCAAAAGCCCCCUCCGCAAAAGCCCUCCCAAGCACCGCCCGCCGCCCCGCCGCCCACCGCUCCUCGUCCCUCCCCGCAAACACAAAGCCCAAGGCCCCCGUCGGAGGCUCUGGCGUCCCCCUCGGCGCAAAGAAAACACCCGCCGGCGCAGCAGCCGGCGCCGCAGCCGUGAAGCGUGCUGCUGGCUCCGGCGUCCCUCUCGGCGCGAAGAAGACACCGGCCAACGGAGCCCUCCCAAAGUUCACGCCCAAGCCGUUCAACCCCCCGGGCGGCGUGUCCAAACCCUCGCCGUACCCAACGUCCGGCGGCAAACCCAACGCCUCAACGUCGUCGCUGCCAAAAGCCUACCCCUCUUCCGGCACCGGCGGCGCAGGAAACCCCCUGCCCAAACCGUACCCAGGUGCGGGGAGCAAGACGCCGGUGCGGCCGGGGCAGAGCAAGCCGUUUUCUGGUGCGGCGACGAGCGUGGGAGGGGCGGUGAAGCCGUACCCGGGGACGAACACGUUGCCGGGACAGGCGAGCAAGAAGCCGGUGCAGAAGUACAAGCCGGCGCAGAGGUACGAGCCGCCGGCGAAGGCGGGGGAGGUGAAGAGCUUCUUCUAGGGCGUUGAUCUCAUCUGAAACGUGGGUGAGCUGGGUGGCUUGGGUUUUCCUCUGGGCAAGAGUGAGGGCGUUUUGUGUGGAUUUCCGUUACUGGGUACGGAGAAGGUGUACGAUACGCUGCAGGGUUGUGCGGCAAUGACAUGAGUUCGGAGUUCCAUGUACGGCGCGCUUGUAGGAUAUUGGAGAAAAGAAGCACGGUGUUCAUUUUGUCGGUGAAACCCGCACGCCAACAUGCGCGAGUGCGAUCCAAGAACCGACCAAGUUGCGCGCGUGCAUUGCAGGAACCACGUACCAUCGCAACCUAACGAGCCCUCCUGUGCACAGAGCCAUCGCCCUCAAACGCAAAUAGUAUCCAUCCUGCAUCCACCGUCCGACCCCCGCACCCCGCAC